ACUUCACAACCAUAUGACAUUUCGAAAAAACUUCACCAACAACAUGGGACUAGAUUGAUAGAUAUACAUACACCAUAUUCUUGAAAAAAUGUCUACGACUUCUCUCCUACCCAAAUCCAUCUCACUUUUUCUCACAAACCCACCUUCAAUCCCUUUAACCCACUUCACCAAUGUCUCUUUCUUGAACUACCACCCAUCAAAUCAGCAGCAUCCUCUUUGCGGCAAAUUAUCAAACAGUACUCGAGCAAAUGCAAAAAAGAAAAACCCCUGGCUUGACCCUUUUGACGACGGUGAUGACCCCGAAAUGGAGUAUGGUUCAAUGUAUGCUGAUGGUAAGCAAGAAGAAGAUCCGAGGCCGCCAGAUAAUCCAAAUAACCCAUAUGGGUUCUUGAAAUUCCCAAUGGGAUUCAAUGUAGAGGUUGCUUCAUUGGGAUUGAAGAUCAGAGGUGAUGUUAGACGGUGUUGUUGUGUGGUUUCCGGCGGUGUCUAUGAGAACUUGCUGUUUUUUCCAGCAAUUCAGUUGAUUAAAGAUAGGUACCCUGGUGUUCAAGUGGAUGUGUUGGCAUCACCAAGAGGGAAGCAGACUUAUGAGUUGAAUAAAAAUGUGAGGUGGGCUGAUGCUUAUGAUCCAGAUGAAGACUUUCCCGAGCCGAUGGAGUAUACUGACAUGGUUGGAAUUCUUAAGAGUAGGUACUAUGAUAUGAUCUUAUCAACCAAACUAGCAGGGCUAGGCCAUGCAGCAUUCUUGUUUAUGUCUACAGCCCGAGACAGAGUUAGCUACAUAUACCCAAAUGUAAAUGCUGCAGGAGCCGGAUUACUUCUAUCAGAAACAUUUACACCAGAUAGUAUGAAUCUCUCUGAAGGUGGAUAUAACAUGUACCAUCAAAUGAUUGAUUGGUUAGGGAGACCAGCUCGCAAUGUGCCGAGGCAACCUUUGCCGCCGUUGAAAGUUUCAAUCUCAAGGAAGGUGAAGGAGGUUGUAGAGGCAAAAUAUAAGAAAGCUGGUGCAGAGAAAGGGAAAUAUAUUGUCAUUCAUGGGAUACAAUCAGAUUCGAAAGCUUCUAUGCAGUCCAGGGGGGAUAGUGAUAGUUUGCUACCCAUCCAACUGUGGGCUGAAAUAGCUAAGGCAAUAAGGGGAGUGCGACCACUCUUUGUCAUUCCACACGAGAAAGAAAGGGAAAAUGUAGAGGAUGUUGUUGGAGAUGAUGCCAAUAUUGUGUUCAUUACUACCCCAGGACAGCUUGCUGCUCUUAUCAAUGACUCAAUCGGGGUAAUAGCUACAAACACUGCAGCUAUUCAGCUUGCACAUGCACGCGAAAAGCCCAGCAUCGCAUUGUUUUCUUCUGAAGAGAAGGGGAAACUGUUUGUUCCCAAUUCAGAAGAGAAGAAAUGCACCAUCAUUUCAUCCAAGACAGGAAAGUUAGUUGAUAUUGAUGUUGAAGCUGCUAAAAGUGCAAUCCAGAUUUUUAACAUGCCCUUAGUUCCCGCUUAGAAGACAAUUUGUUUUUCUUUCAGGUUGCAUCUGGUUCUUCAAUUGUAUGCAGUAAGUUGUUCUAUUGACAGUACAAAUCUCUCAUUUGCUAUAUAUCCACUAAAAGUGGAAAGAUUUGGAGAGAAAUGAUAACGUCUUAAGUGAAACUUUCAUAAUACAGAAAAUAACUUUAAAAUAGUUUGUCAUAGAGGGGAGGAAAAAAAAGAGGAUAAGGGUAUGAUUGUAAAUUAGUUAAAAUAAUUCUUUUCUUUUCCUUUC